CCGCGUCUAGACUUUCCCAUACAUUCGCUGUAAAACUACAAGUAGCAUUGCUCUUGCCUGCUUUGUUCAAAGACCAUCCCUCUCAAUCACUACCUCCUCGACCUGAUCUACUCACACAACCACCUACGCACCUAAGCUCUCAUUCAUCUUACGUCCCCACCAAUACUCUCUUCCAUCACCCGCCGCAACAACAACAUCAUCAUGCAAUUCUUCAUCGCAGCCUUGCUGGCCAUCUCCACCAUUGUCGCCGCCGUACCAGCUCCCGUCCCAGCCCCCGCCCCCGCCACCGUCGACACAUCAGCCUUUGAAGUCUCCAACCUGUCCAUCCAAAAGGUCCAAGGCACCAUCACCAUCUCCUUCUCCGUCCACGACCCCAACCCUUUGACCAACGCCACCGAAGUCUGCAAAGGCUCGUGGAGUGCUGGGUCGAACGACUAUCCCAAAGACACUUAUUCGGCAUGCGGCUCCGCCUUUGCGUGGAACAUGCAAUCUUUCAAGAGCGUCCGCUCCUUCCAGCUCGGUCUCGAGCACGCCUAUGUUGACGAUGCCGUUGGCCCGCCACCCAUGAACUGGAUCACCAACUUCGGCCAUGGCAACGUUUCAUCGGACCUGAUGUCCUGCAAGACCAAGAAUGGUGCUUUGUCCUGCCUUCAAAACACCCCCAAGCCCAUCAGAGCGACCAUCUAUGCAAGCAUAGCGUAGUGACGGGUCUUUGUUCUCGAUGCCUGGCAUUCGAGACAACGCAUCACUUAUCAACGCAUGGCCUAGCAUGGAACCAAUGUUUCCAACCGUCUAGCAGCCUCGACGCAACGCCUUGGAGGUUGCAAACGCGACCAAGCGUUCAAGCAUGAUCCAAUGAACACUCAUCCAUGGGUCAGACGCACUCUGAGGUGGCCUUGGGUCGCCGGAGA